UUAAAUUCAUUUUCGGUACAGACCGUCGUCUCUCACCUGCAAAAAUCCUGCGUUGCUCUUUUACAGCUUCAAACCCCAAAACAAACAAACAAUUAAACAAAACAAACCAAAACUCACACUCACCAAAACCUUCUCUAUCUCCAAUUGCCCCCUUGGUUACCUCCUUAUUUACGAUCCUGCCCCUCCUCUCUGACGACAAUUUUUUUUUUCUCUUCCCGAAAUGCCCUCCUCCGCCGCCUGAUUACGGUCCUCUCUAUUCAACGCUCUCCCGGAAUCAAUUUCUAAUUGAAUGAAGGUGCUGAACGCCUUCCUUCAUUCAAUUCUUCUAGAAAUUUCUGUUUCCUCCAAUUGCUGAACUUGUCCUGGCUACCAAAGUCGUUUUGUCGGUCUGUCUGGUCAGAUUUUGGAGCUUUUGAUGCAAUAAAACAGCCUUUUAUUACAAGAGGAUUAAAUGGAGCUAAAAGUUUCAUCUCCUAAGCAAGCAAGUCUUUCUCCACCUGAUUGUGUUAGUGAUCCUGAAGAGAAGGAACUUAGUGAUGAGGAUGAUGAUGAUCGCAACCAUAAGCAUCGUAGGCGAGAGACACGGUCCCAGUCCUUGGAGAGAGAUUCUAUGGAACAACUAUAUUCAAGGCCAUAUAGAAAGAGCAACAAACCUUUUGAAAAUGGGCAUCCUUUUAGGGAAAAUGAAUCUCAAGCUAGUGAAUCCUGGAAAAGUUAUAACAUGUCUUCUUUAGAGAAAGAUUUUACAGCAAAGUUUGAAAGAAAACGCCCUGGAUUAGCGCCGCUAUCCCGAGCACCUUUGGAUUUAAAUCAAAGAAUGAGGGUAAACCAAACAUAUUAUGGAGACCCUGGGCCUGGAAGGGGAAGAGGGAGGGAUUCUGGUUCCUGGAACCAACGUGAUUCUAGGUUCAGCUCUGUUGAUAUUGCUUCUCAAAUGGUUCAGCCAGUGCCCGUUGCACCUAGUCUCUUUGCAGGAAGGGGCUUGCCUAAUGUUUCUAAUUCACAAAGUGCAUCAUGGAGUGCAUAUGGAUUAAUUCCAGGUUUACCAAAUGGUGGCUUAGAUACACUCCAUUCCAUUGGUUUGCAAGGGCCACUUAGACCGCCUUUGGGUUCUUCAUUGAAUAUGGGCAUUACACGUCAAAGGUGUAGAGACUUUGAGGAGCGUGGAUUUUGUCUGAGGGGAGACAUGUGCCCGAUGGAGCAUGGUGUCAAUCGUAUUGUUGUUGAAGAUGUUCAGAGCCUUUCACAGUUUAAUCUCACUGUCCCGCUUCCAAGUGCACCACUAUUGGCAACACCUGCUGGACCAGGACCUCUGCCUUCAGUUGGUGCUCCUUCAACUACAUUGAUGGGUACCAAAGGAGCUCAUAGUAAAGGUAACAAGCCUGGAAUUACUGAUGAUGGUUUGGGCUUAAAUGGUGCAUAUUCAGAUCCUGCUACUGCAGAUGGAGCUGAUUUGUAUGAUCCAGAUCAACCCCUGUGGAAUAAAAAUGGUCUUGAAACAUCAUCUACACUUGCAGCGCUACAGUCAUCUAAUGAUGAAACGGAACCUUUGUUAAAUGACGAUUCUUCUGAUCUUCAUCAUGUCAGGUUCAGUGAUGGUGUUGAUAAUGAAUGCCCAAUGAGAAUCGCUGGGUCUGCUGGUGUUUCACAGAGCACAAGUCCAUCUGUUUGGGGUAGAAUUGGUGGUAAAAAUAGAUCAAAUGUGAAAGAGAAAACUGAUGCAACAUUAAGUUCCUCUGAUUAUCUUGAGAAUGAGACCAAGGAAGAUAAAGAUACGUUAUCCAGCCUUCAUGGUGCUUUCCGCAGAGGAAAGCGGAGUAUUGACGAGGAUGCUGGCUCAAAAGCUAUGGAUGCAUCUGCCAAGAUACAGAUUGAUACUAUGCGUAAUAUCCGGAAACCAUCACAAAAGGCGUUGCGUACCCUAUUUGUCAAUGGAAUUCCCCAGAAAAACAAUAGAAGAGAGGCACUUUUUUCACAUUUCCGCAAGUUUGGAGAGGUGGUUGACAUUUAUAUCCCAUUAAAUAGUGAGCGAGCUUUUGUACAGUUUUCCAAAAGAGAAGAGGCAGAGGCUGCUCUAAAGGCACCUGAUGCUGUUAUGGGUAACCGAUUUAUCAAGCUCUGGUGGGCUAAUCGUGAUAGCAUAUCAGAUGAUGGCAUAAGCAGUGGCACCAGUGCAUCUGUGACUCCUCGUGGUGUGACAACGGCUUCGGUCCCAGCCCAUCUGUCUGUUGCUAACAAAGUAAAGGAUAAUAAUCUUCAAUCUGCUGCUGUGAAGGGUAGUACUGCCCCUGCUUCUGAUGUUUCUCUGCCUGCCUCUGAUCAGCCUUCACCUGUCAUUGCAAAUAGUCCCAAAGUUCCACCUCCUUUGCAAAAGAAGUUGGAACUGGAGCAGUUGAAGGAGGAACUACGAAAGAAACGGGAAUUGCUGGACCAGAAGCGGGAUGACUUCCGCCGUAAACUGGACAAACUAGAGAAACAAUCUGGAGGAGUCAAGGGUGAGUUGGGGAUGGAGCAAGCUGCUAAGAGACCUAAAGUAGGAGUAGCAGCUGAUCGUGCAAAAGGUUCAGGAAGGUCCUCUGAUCCUGGUGCAGUGGCAUCACCACGUGCUGAAAUGAUGGUAGACAAGAACAAAAUAGUGGACAGUGUUGUAUCCCAUAGUCCCAAAUCAAGCACAGCCUUGGUGUUGCAUGAAUCUGCAAGCUUCAAGCAGCACAUUCGUCCAUUAGCAGCUGUAGGGCCUCCAUUUUUGAUGAAUAGAUACAAAUUGGACAACCGACCUACCGCAUUUAGAAUUGUUCCACCUUUACCAGCAGGUUUGGCAGAUGUUGCUGUCUUGAAGGAGCACUUUUCCUCAUAUGGUGAUCUUUCUGCUGUUGAGUUGGAAGACUGUGAAGUCCAUGACGGUGUUAAUGGGUUAGAUACAGAGAAAAACUGCUCGGCUCGUAUAGCAUUCACAACACGCCGUUCAGCUGAGAGGGCAUUUCAAAAUGGUAAAUGCUGGCAAGGCCACAGUUUGCAGUUUACGUGGCUGAUGUCUAGUGGCUCUGGCAAUGACUUGGGUAACAGAGAAAAUUCAUUGUCUGCUCUUAAGGGAUCUUCAGAUGCUGAUGUUCAGAAAGAAGAAAAAUCAGCCUGCUACGUAUCCCAGGAAGGUACUGCAGACACAGAAAUUUCGUCAUCUGCUCAUAAGGGAUCUUCAGAUGCGGAUGUUCAGGAAGAUGAAAACUUAGUGUGCAUCGUUUCCCAGGAAGGCGCUGCAUCAGGGAAUAUGGAAUCUGAAAAUUCGGAGAGAAGAAGUAGUGUUGAGCAUGCAGAAUCGCAUGAAGUUUCCCAGCCAAGCCCAACCGCAAUGUCUGGCGAGGAAGAGUCUCCCAAGGACAAUGUUUGUUGAGGAAGGGCUGAUUGCUGGAUUUGUACAGUGAGGUAAAAUGUUAAAUCCGUCGAAUACUAAUUUUCAGGAGACUUGUUCUAGCAACUGCUGAAAUUUGAUUUUCCAAUAUAAUUUUUUCUUCUUU